UAUCGUACAGCGCGUAACUCUUCAACCAAAUCUGUCACUAUGGGUAUCUCCACAUAUUCUGGUCUCUGUUCCAACAUGUGGUUCUAUUCCAGAACAUCUCUUGGAUCUGUUUCUAUUGUUAUGACAGUGUUUGUGGUAAAACAGGUCUUAGGCUCUCUGCUGGCGAAAACGACGACGAAGUGGCUUAACUAUAAAAAUGAUUGCUUGAAAACAUUACAAGAAUCUGCAGUAGAAACUGGAAUAUAUUGCAAAGGGACAUUUGAUCAGCUUGUUUGCUGGCCUUAUUCACUUCCAGGAAAUGUGUCUGUUCCUUGUCCUUCAUAUUUACCCUGGCUGGAAAACGGAAGUGCAGGAAAUGUAUACAGAGUCUGCUUGGACCAGGGAAUCUGGCAAACAGAAGAGAAUUCAACAGAUAUUUGGCGCGAUGAUUCAGAGUGCUCUGAGAAGAAUCACUUCACCCCACAAGUAAAAGAACACAUGUUACUUUCCACCCUACAGUUACUGUACACCAUUGGAUACUGCUUGUCUCUCAUUUCCCUUGUAUUAGCUCUACUUACACUUCUGCUCCUCAGAAAACUUCACUGCACUAGAAACUACAUCCAUAUAAAUUUAUUUGCUUCCUUUAUCCUGCGAGCCACAGCAGUUCUUAUAAAAGAUAUCAUAUACCAUAAUACUUAUUCAAAAAGACCAAAUAAUGAAAUUGGAUGGCUUUCCUACUUCAGUUCUGAGAUUUUAACCAUUUGCAGGACUUCCCAGUUUUUCUUGCAUUACUUUGUUGGUGCAAAUUGUUUUUGGCUUUUAGUUGAAGGAAUUUAUCUCCACACAUUAUUGGGGACUGCUGUGCUUUCUGAAAGCCUACUGCUGCAAAGAUAUAUUGUGAUAGGAUGGGUUAUUCCAGUUCUGUUUGUGGCCUCCUGGGGAAUAGCCAGAUCAAAACUGGAAGACACAGGGUGCUGGGAUACAAAUAACCAUAUGGGAAUCUGGUGGAUCAUCCGAGGGCCAAUGUUACUUUCCAUUACAGUUAAUUUCUGCAUCUUCCUAAAAAUUCUAAAGUUGUUAAUUUCCAAACUCAAAGCCCACCAUAUGAGCUUUCAUGAUUACAAAUACAGAUUGGCAAGAUCUACUCUGGUGUUAAUACCUUUACUGGGGAUCCAUGAGUUUGUCUUUACCUUCAUCACUGAUGAACAAGUUGAAGGAUUGUCAAGACAUAUAAGACUCUUCAUUCAAUUAACAAUGAGCUCCUUUCAAGGUUUUCUUGUAGCAAUUUUAUACUGCUUUGUUAACGGAGAGGUGAAAGCAGAACUCAAAAAGCAAUGGUCCCGCUUCCUGCUGGCUGAUCCAUUUGGCUGCAUGCAGUGCUUCCUUGGGGAAAACAUCAAAUAUCUUGGGAAAUAUUCAAAGAAGCAAAAACAUCAGCAUUUUGCCAAUAACAGGUUGUGCAUGGAAGUGAGUGAGCCCUGGGCUGUGCAGCUCCAGCAGGUGCUGUUGAAGGGAAGAGCAGAUCUUAGCUCAGAGUCAGGCCCUACUGGAGAGCCCUACCCCAGGGCAAGUGUGUCCGAAAGCAGCGAAGGAGAAGUCACAACUGGGGAGACAAUGGAGGAAGUCUUUGAAGAAAGUGAUAUUUAGAAGGCUCUUUUAAAGGACAGCAUAAUAAAGGCACCUUCAGAACGGACCUCUUCCACCCCCACAAGCUGUGUUCCUGCAACAGGAGAAAAAGAAUGGGAAGUUUCUUCCCAUGGGCUAUGCAGUGUUGUUGUAGCCAUGUUGGUGCCAGCAUAUUAGACAGACAAGGUGGGUGAGGUCAUAGCUUUUUUUGGACCAACUUCUGCUGAUGACAGAGACAAGUUUCCAAGCUUAAACAGAGCUGAAGAUUACCUCACCCACCUUGACUGUGGAUUGCCGAGCCGUUAGCAUUCCCCGCCCCAUCCCAAGUUAUCUCUUAAACACACGAGGGAAAUCAAAGCAAAAUCUGAGGGUUCCUGCAGAUCUGGUGGUACGUUUCCUCUCAGUCUUUAUGGUGUUUAAAAGACAGGAGGGAUAUUGUUUUCGGUUAA